ACUUGUUGUUAGCCAAAUGUCAAAUUCUUGUUUACGUAUGACGUCCACAAACUACUUUGGCUGAGUAAAAAAGUUUUGAAACGACUUGUGUUGUGGAAAAAUGAUAACUCCAUGAGAAUUCUAUUAUUAUAAAAUAAUACAUUAUUGCUAAAGUUAUAAAAUCCAAAAUGAACGGAAAUGAUCUUAGUUUAACAAAACGUAAGGAUAAGAAAAAACUAAAGGAGGUCAUAGAAUCACAGGAACCAAUUUCAAAUGAAUUAACACUAUUUAACACUGAAAGAGAAGUGGAUGAUGGUGCACCUUCUGAGAGUGUAAAUAAACUUCCUCAAGGAAACUGCUCAGUGGAAGAAAUGAAAAGACCAUCGAGCUUUUAUAUUCAUCUGGAUAUUGAUGUUGUGUGUUUCUUACUUUUGAUGCUGGGCCUAUCUACUAGACUUUAUAAUUUAGACCAACCCCGUUACAUAGUGUUUGAUGAGUUACAUUAUGGUCGAUAUGUGUCUCUUUACGCUAAAGGUGUUUUUUUCUUUGAUGCUCACCCACCUCUUGGAAAACAACUACUGUAUUUAGCUGGACGUGCUGCAGGAUAUGAUGGGAAUUUUACAUUUGACCGAAUAGGAUCACCAUAUACUGAAAGUGUGCCAGUAAAAGCUCUUAGACUAAUUCCAGCAGUUGCUGGAAGUAUAAUAGUCUCAAUCACAUAUCAACUGAUGCUAGAAGUAUCUUGCUACCAAUGGACAGCUAUGCUAGCAGCUUUGUUAAUUUUAUUUGAAAAUUGUUUCCUAGCACAAUCAAGGUUUAUGCUAUUGGAAAGCAUUCAAAUAUUCUUUGGCUUAUGUGGUCUCCUAUGUGUUGUUAAAAGUACUCGUAGAAAUGGGAUAAUUGGUGUGUUAUGGUUAUGCACAGGGGCUCUGUCUUUAGGAUGCUGUUUUUCGGUGAAAUACUCUGGUAUUUACACAUACUUUUUGGCUCUACUCAUAGUUGGACGUCAAGUGUGGCAACAAAUUAGUCACACUAAAUCAGGACUCCACCUUGCACUGUCUAGUUUAUGGCGACUGCUGGUGUUAAUUGUGUUGCCACUGUCAAUCUACAUUGGCGUGUUCUACGCACACCUGAUGAUGUUGCCGAAAGCUGGUCCUCACGAUAGUGUGAUGACUAGUGCCUUUCAAGCAUCUCUUCAAGGUGGGCUUGCUAGCAUAACGCGCGGGCAACCCUUACAUGUGUCCCAUGGAUCUCAAAUAACUCUGAGGCACACACAUGGGCGCACGUGCUGGCUGCACUCGCACGCACACGUGUACCCCGUGCGCUACUCGGACGGGCGCGGCUCCUCGCACCAGCAGCAGGUCACGUGCUACAGCUUCAAGGACGUCAACAACUGGUGGAUCGUCAAGCGGCCGGAACAGGCGUCGCUGGCCGUCGGACACCCGCCCGACUCUAUUCGCCACGGAGAUGUGAUUCAGCUUCUGCAUGGCAUUACCAGCGGCGCGCUCAACUCUCACGACGUCGCAGCACCUGUUUCGCCGCAAUCGCAGGAAGUGUCUUGCUACAUCGAUUACAACGUUUCGAUGCCAGCUCAGAACCUUUGGCGGGUGGACAUAGUGAACCGGGACAGCGAGGACGCCACGUGGGACAGUAUUCGGUCCCAGGUGCGCCUCAUACAUGUGGACUCGGGCUCCGCGCUGCGGUUCAGCGGCCGGCAGCUGCCUUCUUGGGGCUUCCAUCAACACGAAGUAGUCGCCGACAAGGUCCUUUCUCAUCAGGACACAGAGUGGAAUGUGGAGGAACAUCGAUACACAAAAGCUGAAGAUAGAAGAGAGAGAGAACGCGAGUUAACAACAGCGGAAAUGAUACCAACAGCCGUGACCCAGCUAUCCUUCUGGGAGAAAUUCAUCGAGCUGCAGUACAAGAUGAUCACGCACGCGCCCGACGCGCCGCUCGGCCACAUGUUCGCGAGUGAGCCGGCCGAGUGGCCGCUUUUGGUCCGCUCCAUCGCGUACUGGUUGUCUCCUAAUUCCAAUGCACAAAUACACUUGAUAGGCAAUUUGGUAACAUGGUAUGCUGGUACAAUCUCGGUACUGGUAUACAGCGUAUUGCUCGCCGUGUACGCGAUUCGUCAACGCCGCGCCUGUGUGGACCUGCCCUCUGCUGCAACGCAAAGGUUCUAUGAUGCUGGGUUUAUCCUCUUUUUAGGAUACUGGAUACACUAUCUUCCUUACUUUUUCAUGGAUAGAACUCUUUUUCUUCACCAUUAUUUACCUGCUUAUGUAUUCAAAAUCCUUCUUCUAACUUUUGUUAUUGACCAUUUGUACUAUGUAUUACAGAUGAGAGAAAAAACUAAAGCAUUUACUAAUAUAUUUAUAGUAGGUGUAUUUGUAUGGUUGGGAUAUGUUAUCCUUACAUUUAAAAAGUUCAGUGUCCUCAACUAUGGCAAUGCAGAUCUCACUGAAAACGAUCUCAUGAGUCUUAGGUGGAAAGACACAUGGGACUUCAUUUUACAUAAAAGGGUGUAAUAAUACAUAGUUUAAAAUAUGAUAUUUUUACAUAUAG